AUGCUCACUGAGUUUGCGUUUUCUGAUGUUGUUUGUUGUCUUCGCAGGACCGUCCAGGCGAGCGAGACCGAACGGCGAACUCAAGGAGAAGUUAGGCUGCUGAAGGAGCUUAGCCAUCGAUUGUGGCCUGAGGUAGUGGCGGCGCUUGAGAAGAAGAAGCAAGAGAGGAAAGAUAAGAGGGAGGGAAAAACAAAUCUGCCAUCCCUGCGACUCCGAUAUCUAGUAAGCUUUCGCUUCUUCUCUUUUUUGCUUGGUUCUAUCUUCGGGUAUCUUAACGUUUUGCUUUGUUUUGCAGCAGCGAAGCCAUCCCGUUCUAAGAAGAAAUCGAUGGGUCUUAGGAAGAGAGCGGCCGUGCCUAUUGACGACGUUGUCGUUGCUUCCGAGCCGGCGCCUAAAAAGAAAAGGGUCGAGUCCCCCAGACUGAGGGAUUCUCCUCCUUCUCCCCUUCGGAGCUCUUCCAUUGCGUCGCGUACGAGGUAA